AUGUCAUAUAGCCACCCGUCUAACUUCAAGGAAAGCACGACAAGUAUAAUUGCAGGUCAGAUCGUGUUUGGUGUAGCUGCCUGUGUCAUAUGCGAGAUAGCGACCUGCCUGGACUCGCUCAUGAGGCUAGAUUUUCUAGAAAAUCGUACUCUAUGCAGGAUCGAAGCUGACAUUGCCGCGGGUAUCGAUGUUGGUCAAGGAAAGACAGCAAAUGUUAACAUGGGGUUCGGGCACAAGUACGGAAGCUUGCGACCGCGCAGAGCCUUAACUCGAGAUCGGCCGCGCUACCUUACUCGACCAGCGAAGUCGUACAUCGACAAACUUCCAAACGAACUUCUAUGCGAGAUCAUUGCGAUGUGCGGUGAUCCAAAUGCCACCUUCGACUACCCUCGCGAUCCGCGCAUGGAUAGGACGGACAUCACACCGCGCCAUAGCUAUAGCUGGGUUACAAUGAUGGCAGGAUACGUGUGUUCGCGCUGGUUCACUGUCACUCGCGGCUGUCCUACCCUAUGGACGCUCGUAGACUUUAUGUCCUUGCAGCAGCGUCACGUCGUGGUCAUGAGACUUUGCCUGCGCUACUCCGCCGGUAUGCCUCUGACUCUGCGCCUGGACGAGACGUCCACCACAGACGUGACCAUCGGCCUGAUUCGUCGUCUUGCGAAUGCGAUUGCGGAGAAUGCAGGGCGCUGGAAGGAGCUCUCGAUCUGGCUCGACAGCAGUCUUUGGCAAUCGUUCUAUGGUUCGCCCAGUCUUCGUCGGCUCCAAUGGUGGGACGAGCCGUUUGACCUACUCUUCGCCUCAAGUGCCCCUCUCGGUCGGCUUACGCACGUCGGCGUCAAGCACAUCCAGCCCAAACAUUUCAUUUUGCUUCUCCAACUUUGUCCUCAACUCGAAGUACUGCAGGCCGUGUUUCAGCCCUCUAUCGAGGACUCCCGUAUCCCGAACUCCGAGCUACUUCCAUCUGAUACAGAGCUCAUUACGCUGAAGAACUUGCGCGUGUUGAUGCUGAACGGAUUGGAGGACUACAGUCGUUUAUACGUCCGCCUUCACGUACCCGCACUCUCUCGCCUCGAGUUACACGGGUCAGGCGUUCAAGCGGUGUCAAUGAGGGACAUGCUGAAGAGGUCUGACGCCCAACUGCGUAUGCUUACUCUGUUCUGGCUUCUGAAGGGAUGGGCGGAUGAUAUCAAGGCCCUGCUGCAAUAUCCUGAGAUGCUGAGCCUGACUAUAUUUCGCUAUGCUCCCUGCAUCGGUGUUUGGCAGACGCCUAUGUCGGAGACGAUCGAUAUGUCACCCUUCGUACCGUCGCAUGUCCGGGUCUUUACUUCACAUCACAGGGUGGCCGAGGACGCGUACAGGGAGACACGGCGCUGA